AUGAGCCCCUCCGGCGUCAGUCUCUCGAAUCAGCGUAGCCCAUCCAUCUACGCUCCCUCCGAAACCUCGUCGACACACCCCAGCAUCGACGACCACAACCACGGUCCUUCGCCGCCCCCGCAACCGCAUCAUCAGCAGCAAGGUCUCUUCAAGGCCUUCAAGAAGCUCGUCAAGGCCGCUUCGAACGUUACCGAGCCGACGCACCACGACAACCACCAUUCGCCGUCUGGCACGCCUGGGAAGGAGAAGGCGCGAGGGCCGACGGGCUCGUCGAGUCGAGGAGCGGGAGUCGCGGUGAAGCGGAGCGUGACUUCGGCGGAACUGCCGCUCGCGCAGAGUGCGGUCAGUAAACGCGCUGCGCAGUCGCAGGACGUGACGGGGACGUCGCCUCCCCUCCCUGGCUCGGGGACGUCGUACGGCGUUGCGGGACCUUCGCGAGGCGGCUUCAUCGUUCAGACGCACGCCAAGGCUGUCCCGACUGUCGCGACGACCACGGGCGUCCCGACUUCCCUCGCCGACCUGCCGCCUCUCUCGCUUCCACCGCCAGCGGGAUCGUCCGCCCGCCCAGCAGACCCGGCCCGCCCUUCGCUAGACCGCACGGUCACGGUGGAAGUCCUGCAUUCUCCGCAGGAAGACGCCGUUACCCCGCCCGAUUCAGUCCUCCCUCCCUCGAGCGUCCUCGCACGACUAUCCGAUCUUUCUGCUCACCGACCUGCACCUGAAGCCUACGUUCCGCUCAUUCGACUCUUGACCCGUAGCGUCGGCCUCUUCCCCUUUCCGCCGCCUGCACUCGCCGCCUCGAACCUCUCCAAAAUGCUUGCGAACCAGCCGACACCCGCUGGAACGCCCAAGAGCGCCACGCCUACCCUUCCGACUCCCUCGCCAGCCCAAAUCUACGUCUCGCAAUCGCAUCACCUCGUCGCUGAAUCGCCUCCCGCGCUUCGCAGCGCCGUCCUCGGCCUCAUGGACGCGUGCAUCCACGCAUCGCUCGAGUCGACGGGCGGGAUGCGCGAGUCGGAGAAGGCGAUCUUUUGGGACGAAGCGAGGCGGUGGGCCGAUGAGGCGCGAGUACAGGUGGACGAUGGGCAAGGCGGGAAGCGGUGGGUUCUGCCGGAUGCGGAUCGCGAAGCGCUCGUCUCUGUCCUCUCGGCGAUGACUCGCGGCGGUCGGGACUUGUCCGACGUGCCCGGUCUUGUCGCCCUUCUCUGCACCUUCGUUACCGAAUCGCUCCCUUUCCCUCGACCUCCUUCUCCGCUCUUCGACCCGAACGUCUCUACGCCCUUCAUUCGCACCGUCCCCCACAAGCCCUCUCCACACGCCAGCGCGCUCGCCCUCCUUACCGCCCUACACAAGUUCUCCGCCCCGCACAUUUACACCGCCUCGACGCACAUGGCGCUUCGAGCCGCUCUCGAGGUUGCCAAGCUCCGCGAAGAGCAGGAUAUCGGCGGAAAAGACGGCGUGCUGGACUUUCUUGGCGCGGUCGUGCGGUUCGGAGAAGUCACGGGUGGGAAGGCGGCGCGCAAGCGGGCGAUGCUGCAUCGCGGAGAGGACGGGCACGACGGCUCGAUCGAAGCGAGUAUAGUCGAGGGAGAUGAGAUCCUCCGCGAAGUCGUCUCGACUGUCGCGCGCUUGAUCGGCUGCGAAGGACUGGUCAGCGUCGUCGAGAUCAAGGAGGGUCAGUCUCUCCGCGACAUCGACACCUCGCCUUCUUCGUCGGCUGUCAAGACGUCGAACCUCCCUUCGCUCGCGCUCGACCUCAUGCGCGACUUGAUCCGCUCGCCCGCGAAUCAGGCUACCAAGUCGCUCCGCACCACCCUCGUCGCUCCUCCGCCUCCUUCACCCGACGGUACCCGCCCUCGCACUCCCGUCCUCCUCCUCGUCGGCGCGCUCCGCUCUCUCCGCAAAGCCAUGGCAGAGCACACGACCGAACUCGAAGCCGCCAUCGGCGAAUCUGCCGGUUCAGCCUUGACAGGCCCAACUGGCGAGUCGCGCUGGCCGUCGAUGCUCUCGCUCGGGUUGCCUUUCCUCUGGAACGGCAUCAAGCGCGUCAUGCAGUGGGAGAAUGGGCCGGUCGAUGCGGAAGUCCUCAGGCUCGUGGAGGAAAGGCUCGAGGUGGCGGACCGGAUGGCCGCCAAGGCGAAGGAGAGCUCGGCUGCAGCUGGUGCAACCCUUGCGGGACCGACACCGGCGAACAAGGAGCUCGAGGACAUCCCCAAGGGCGUCUCGUACGAAGAGUGGUCGAUGGCGGUCGAGGUGCUCGAUAAGGCGAAGGCGCACAUCGCGCUGUGGGAGCAGCAGAAUCUGCGGCAGUGGAUCUUGUCGGAUGACGACGAAACGACCGCCUCUUCGCCCGUUCACGAGCGAGCUCCGCUGCGGCCGCAGGACCUCGACUCGGACGAGGAGGACGACCUCGAGCAAGGCUCGCCCGACCAGUUCACUCAGCGACCAGGCGUCCUCGUCGCGUUCACCUCGCUUUUGCGACGAGUCGUGCGGGCUUGGUGCUCGGACGACUUCACCGGUCCCGCCCACGCCGUCUUCAGCCUCCUCGUCUCGCUCGCCCCGCACCUCUCCGACCACUACGCUCGCCUCACGCUCGACCAGUGCCGAUCCGGCGCCCUCUGCCUACCGUCGCAUCCCGAGUGGCUCGAACUCACGCAAGAGCUUGUCAAGGCGUUUUACGUCCCGCCCUCGCGCGCAAACGGUGGUACUCGGUCGAUGCGACGGAGCGUCACGCCCGUCGUACGCAGCCGCAUCAUGCAGUCGGUCACAACGAUUCACUCGCACGUCCGCUACUUGCCAGGGCCUCGUCGCCAGCUCGUCGACACGGUCAUCAUGCCGCUUCUCGAGACGAGCCUCGAGGCGGAGACGGACGUUCAGGUCGCGAGCUCGAUGGUCGCCUUGGUGACGGAGCUUGGGCGCGACGUGCUGGACGAGACGGAAGGCGAGGGCGAGGGGCCGCUCGGCAUGUUUGACAAGCUGCGGCUGCUCCUCAUCAAGAUGGCGAAGUCGUCGAAACGCACGCUCGAUCGGCAACCGACCUCCACGCCUACUACGCCUGCAACUCGUCGCGUCGGCGCCUUUGCGCCGCUCUCGCGCUAUGGCAACUCGGGCUCGCCGGCGGCACAACGAGGCGCUUCUUCAUCGCCCGCCGCCCUCGACAUGGCCGAUCCUCCCGAGCUGUCCUCCGUCGCCGUGAUGGGGCUCAUGUCAAUCUUCCACGUUUGCCUCGAGCACUCCACGCCGGCGGCAUCGGAGAAGGCGGUCGUCGUUUUCCGCGACCUCCUACACCUCUUUGCCCCUGGCUACCUCUCGCCUCCCGACGUCACGCCUGAACCCGCCGUCGUCCCGCUCCGUACCCGCCUCCUCAUCCUCCAGUGGCUCGUCCGCCUGCGAGCAGACGCCUCGCACCGCAUCAACUGGAUGAGCGACGUUGACAUCACCGGUCCGGCCAAGCUCCUCGGUCGACUCGCCUCUUCGAACGGCGACUCUUCGCCACCAGACGCAGGAGCGCCGCUGAGCCCAGCGGCAUCCGAAGACGGGCAUGGCGAGGCGCGCGGCCGAUCGAGCAGGCAGGUUUCGAUGACCUUACCUGCGGACUCUGCCGGAAGAUCGAGGAGUGCGAGUCGUCUCCGGCGGCAGCUCAACGAGGAGCGCAGUCCGAGUCGCACCAACUCGCUGCGACGCGCUGCCGCUGCUCCGCCCAUCGCCGCAACGCCUGUCCUCUGGACUGUCCCGGAGAAGCUGCCGUUCGACUUCGGCUCGGCUACGUCGGCGAUCGGCGGCAAGGCUCUCUCGUCGUUCGAUCACAACCGGAUGAGGGACUGGACCGAGGAGGAAGACCCGGGUACCGGCCAGAUGAAGGUCGUCGAGGCCGAGGAGACGCUGCCGCCGUCGGAAUGGCUUGUCGUCCUGCCGGUCUCGGAGUACCUGCGGGCCGUCAACCAUAUCCUACAGGUCGAGCAAGAGUGGGAGCUCGUCUCCUACAUCUUGUGCCACCUGCCCGAGCAGCUCAGCAACAAGCACUUUGCCUGCGGUCCUCGCUGCGCCCAGCAGAUCCACGUCCUGCGCAAGGCGUUGUGUGACGGCCUCCGCGCCGGCGACCGAGGCGAUCGCAUCUUCCCUCGCACGCUCCCGGCCGGCAUCAAGCGCGCCGAGAUUCACGCAGUCGCCUUCCACUGCCUGACCGCCCUCAUCGCGUACCGCAGCCUCUUCUCGAAGCAGCAGCAGGACGACAUCGUCAGCACGUUCAUGCUCGGACUCGGCAACCCUCGCGACACGGCCAAGCCCUGCAUCCACGCCUUGACGAUCGCAGCUUUCGAGUUGCGCCCCUCCGUCACGAAGCAUCUCGCCGAAACGGUCCGCCAGCUGCAGAAGAUCAUCUCGACGGCGCCCCUAGGCGUCCACAUCCUCGAGUUCAUCGCAGGCGUCGGUCAGGAGCCCGCGCUCUACGCCAACUUUACCGACGCCGAUUUCCAGACUGUCUUUGGCAUCGCCCUCAAGUACAUCCAGGCGCACAACGAGCGGCUCGCGGACAACCCGAACGACGUCGAGGAAGGCAUCGAGUACGCCUUUUCGCAAUACGUGCUCCUCCUCGCCUAUUACAACAUCGCCGUCUGGUACCUCGCCUUGCGACUGUCGGAGCGACCCAAGUUUGUUGCCUUCCUGACGCGCCGCCUCGUCCAAGCGAACGAGGGCAAGACGGAGGUCGACGAGGCAACCGAGGUCUGCCUCGACAUGAUCGCUCGUUACGCCUACUCGAACGCCGACCCUCGUCCUCGCGCGUCCAGCUUCGACAAUCUCAUCGCGACGCCGACUCAGGCUCCGGUCCCGCCGCCAAAGACGUGGCUUGUCGGCAACGCGACCAUCACGGUUCGCAAGCUUCACGCGCCGGCUUGGGUCGAGGUGACGGUGCGGAGGGCGUCAGGCGUCGUUCGCAUGCUCUGGGAGCUGCAGAACAUCAGCAUGACCUCGUCGGCGCCGGAGAGCGAUCUGAUCGCCGCGCUUCUCCGCCAUCGCGAGACCGCCGGCCUCAUGCACGGCAUCCCUUCGGUCAUUCGCGACGCUCUCGCCAUGGUGCCCAACGCCUGCCCGCCUCUGCACGUCGGAACUCGCGCAAGGUCGGCGUCGUUCUCAGGCACGUCCGCCUCGCAAAUCCCGCUCGCGCAACGCAUCGAGGAGAAUGCCGUCGUCGACGCAGCGAAUGCGGCAGCACGCGACGUCCGCCAGGUCACGAUCGAGUCGGGCGUCCUCACCGCCGAUCCAAGCUUCUUCACCGUCCAGCUUUCGUCCUUCCCGCACGUCGACGCCCGCAUGCGUCCUUUGCUUGUCCCGAACGACCCUGCGUCGCAGCGAGCCGUGACAAUGCUCGACACGAUCCCCAUCGUCGACUUUCACAAGGUUGGCGUCCUCUACGCCGGUCAAGGGCAGACGAACGAGCUCGACAUCCUCGCCAACACCCACGGCUCAAAGGCCUACACCGAGUUUGUCUCGGGACUCGGCACGCUCGUGCGGACAAAGGGCAGCCGCGACCUCAACAUCUACAUCGGCGGCCUUGACCAGGAGACGGACAUUGACGGCAAGUGGACCUACUGCUGGGACGACGACAUCUCGCAGAUGGUCUUCCACGUCGCGACCCUCAUGCCGACGAACCGCGAGACGGACCCGCAGUGCACGCUCAAGAAGCGCCACAUAGGGAACGACUUCAUCAAGGUCAUCUGGAACGACUCGGGCGGCGACUUUGCGUUCGACACGCUUCCAGGCGACUUCAACUUUGUCAACAUCGUCAUCCAGCCGCACACGCCCGCCGGCAACCCCUGGAUCGGGCCGGGCAUGAGCAACAACACCGAGUUCUUCAAGGUCUCGAUGCAGCUCCGCCCCGGCAUGCCCGAAGUCGGUCCGCUCGGCACGUUCAAGAUGGUCACUGGCUCGUCGCUCCCUCACGUCAUCCGCCAGCUCGCCCUGCACAGCAACAUCUUUGCUCAGAUCUUCCUCGCCUCGGUCGGCUUCGAGACGGGCAGGCCUGCCGGAGCGAGCGGCAUGACCCACCGCAUCGAGUACUCGUCGAACUGGCGCAAGCGUCUCCAGCAAAUCAAGCUCCUCAAGAAGCGCAUUGCCGAGGCGCAGCAGGCCGCGUCGCCGACCGCCGAGAACGGCUCGUCGCCCGCGCAGCCCAUCGACCUCGACCAGGCGGAAGCGGCGCGUCUGUUCACCGCCUGGGCGUGA